GCACCGUCCAUAAAGGCUGCGGGCGUCCAGAAGAGGCUUUGCCACAUUUGGGGAACAGGCUCGCAGCCGGGGCAGCGCAGACGACGACGCAGACGCAGACGACGACGCAGACGCAGACGACGACGCAGACGCAGACGACGACGCAGCCGACGACACUGCCAUGGCCUCGCACCAGGAGCUGCGCUUUGAGGAGGACCCACAGCUGACGGAGGUGAUGCGUCUGCGGGUGCAGUCGCUGCAGCAGCGCGGGCAGAAGCGGCAGGACGGCGAGCGACUCCUUCGGCCCGAGGAAUCCGUGUACCGCCUGGACUUUCCCGAGCAGAAGCUCCGCUUCGUGCGCUGGGGGGUGCGGCUGCCGGCACCGGGCCGCCUCAGCGUGGUGGGCACCUCGCAGCACUGGACGCCGGACCUGACGCCGCUGAUGACGCGCCAGCUGCUGGAGCCCGUCGGCCUGUUCUGGCGCAGUCCCGGGGACGCAGACGGCGACGCAGUCAAGUGCUUUGAGGCCGACACCCAGGAAUUCGGCGAGCGCAUCGCGGAGCUCGCCAAGAUCCGCAGGGUCAUGUUCUUCCUGUUCGCCUUUGAGGACGGCGCCGACCCCACCAACAUCGACUGCUCCAUAACCUUCAAAGUGCUCCAGUAG